UCGAUUUUUGUUUGUAUGUUGCUGAGAUACCUACCUACCUACGUACUAUUAUAUUAGGAAAAGUGAUCAGAUUUUAAAAAAAUUAUAAUAAUAUUUAUUGUUUUAUAAUGUUAUAAUCUCAAUAUUGAAUCAUGCCAAGAAUUCUACCAUUAAGAAUAUCUAUCAAAGACUGUUUUGUUUUAGUUCUUCUAGUUAUUUUUAAUACAAUACACAUAACUGACAUGGCCAAUAACAAUAUGGAUAUACAAAGUAAGGAGAAGAAGGGAAAGGAUGAAAUAAAUGAUAAAGGAGUGAGUUUUAGGGAAACUGAGGAGGAUUACUUACAGAGCUGUCCUUCUCUAAACCAGGAGGAUUUAGUGGAAUGCUCCACAUUGUACUAUCCAUGUAUAACCUGCGACAGAAGUAUAGAUUGUCGGUAUGGCAGUCAAUAUGAGUAUAACUGUACGGUUAAAGCAAAAGUUGUUUGUAAUGGCAGUAAAACCUUCAACAGAACAGCCAUGUGCAGGUUUUGUUACCAAACUGAAAAGUGGGAGCACAGAUGUGAUCAAAAGGCUAGCUGCAAUUCCCUUUCAUCUCCACUUAACUAUUAUUUGACCAAUUGCACAGUCUCUGAUGACAUAUUAUGUUUGGGGAGACGAAGAUUCCUGAAGAAAGUCCGAUGUUCAUGGACAGCUGGCACACGUUGGGGGACGGCUUUGAUUCUAGCGAUGACUCUUGGUGGGUUUGGAGCUGACAGAUUUUACCUGGGUCACUGGCAGGAGGGAAUAGGAAAGCUGUUCAGUUUUGGAGGCCUUGGAGUAUGGACACUUGUAGAUGCUUUAUUAAUUGGAAUACAUCACCUGGGACCUGCUGAUGGAUCUUUGUUUAUUUAGACUUUUGAAUGUUGCAGUGAUAAUAUAUGUUUUAGAAACA